AAAAACCAACAAAAUCUUACAUUCUCAUUCACUUUUCAUCUCAUCGAACCCGCUAACGCCUCUGCCAUUUUACUAUUGUGGCAGAACAACUUAGAGUUGAUUCCUGAGGUCGCCGCAAUCGCAGAGAAGAAUGAGUAUUGUGCCUAAAGAGAGCAUCGAGGUCAUUGCACAGAGCAUUGGCAUCAACAAUUUAUCCUCCGAUGUCGCGCUUUCUCUCGCUCCUGAUGUCGAAUAUCGUCUGCGUGAGAUUAUGCAGGAAGCUGUUAAAUGCAUGCGCCAUUCGAGGAGAACUCGAAUGACAGUAGAUGAUGUUGAUGCUGCACUUGAUUUAAGAAAUGUUGAGCCUGUUUAUGGAUUUGCCUCCGGUGGUCGACUGCGAUUCAAAAGAGCUGUUGGACAUAGGGAUUUGUUUUACAUUGAUGACAAGGAUGUGGAUUUUAAAGAUGUGAUUGAGGCUCCUUUACCAAAAGUGCCUCUUGAUACUGCGGUUUUUGUUCACUGGCUAGCUAUUGAAGGCGUACAACCUGCUAUUCCAGAGAAUGCUCCGGUAGAAGUGAUUGCAGCUCCUUUUGAUAGCAAAAAGGAUGAACAGAAGGACGAUGUUCCUGUUGACAUUAAAUUACCAGUUAAGCAUGUGUUGUCUAGGGAGCUUCAGCUAUAUUUUGACAGAAUCACAGAACUUGUUGUGAGCAAGUCUGAUUCAGUUUUGUUUAAAGAAGCAUUAGUGAGUUUGUCCACAGACUCUGGACUUCAUCCAUUAGUUCCUUACUUCUCAUGCUUUAUAGCUGAUGAGGUUGCUCGUGGCUUGAAUGAUUUUCAUCUUCUAUUUGCUUUGAUGCGGGUUGUUUGGAGUCUUUUACAAAAUCCCAAUAUACACAUAGAACCUUAUCUACAUCAAUUGAUGCCAUCUGUGGUGACUUGCCUUGUUGCGAAAAGAUUAGGAAAUAGGUUUUCCGACAACCAUUGGCAACUCAGAGACUUCACGGCAAACCUGGUUGCUUCAAUAUGCAAAAGAUUUGGGCAUGUUUAUAACACUCUACAGACGCGUCUCACAAAGACUUUGGUGAAUGCAUUUUUGGACCCAAAACGUGCUCUGACUCAACAUUAUGGUGCAAUUCAAGGGUUAACAGCCCUGGGACCCAAUGUGGUUCGACUUCUUAUACUGCCAAAUCUCAAGCCAUAUUUGCAACUACUUGAACCAGAGCUGCUUCUGUCAAGGCAAAAGAAUGAGAUGAAGAGAUACGAAGCUUGGCGUGUUUAUGGAGCCUUGCUGCGCGCAGCAGGUAAUUGCAUUUAUGAUCGGCUGAAGAUCUUCCCGCCUUUGCAAUCUCCUGUUCCACAUCCUAUCUGGAAAGCAAAUGCAGGAGUUGCUACUAUAACGCCAAAUAAACGCAAGGCAAUCAUGGACGACACGGAGCAGCAGCCCCCACUCAAGAGAAUGGAAAUUGAUGGCCCAACUUCUGUGCCAUCAUCAAAUUCAUCCCCAUCUCACUUACCGGGAGAAACAUCUGCUAUAUCUAAUUCAGGAGAUACCAAUGCAGGUCCGUCAUCACCAUCAUCUUCACAGAUGCCUGCUGAGAUUGUUUCUGAUACAAAGAGUAAGGGCAAUUGUAAAUAUCUAAAAACGUCAGCCAUCCUCACACAAGUCUGGAAGGACGACUUGAAUUCAGGGCAUCUUCUGGUAUCGUUGUUUGAGCUCUUUGGGGAAAGCAUUCUUUCCUUCAUUCCAGCCCCUGAGAUGUCUUUAUUUAUUUGACCGUCUGUAUUAUGUUGUUUGUAACUAUAGCCUUAUUAUACAAAUGUCUGUUUGUAAAUAGAAUGAUAUAGAUGCCAAGACUAGUUCUUUUAUUCAA